AACCUAGUGCAUGCAAAUGUUUAUCUCAUUCUGGUUGACUCCUUCCCCUAGAACUGAGCAGGCUUUGGUGUGCUGAUUGCCCCUGAGCUGGCCAUCUCUCUCCCCUGCAGACUCUGGUGUGCUGAUAGUCCCUGAGCUGGCCAUCUCUCUUCCCUUCAGCCGAGUGUGUAGAAGAUGCUACGAAACAGAUGGAAGACUGCUGCGAUCCUGCCCAUCUCUUUGCUAUGACUAAGAUGAACUCCCCCAUGGGGAAGAGCCUGUGGUAUGACGGGGAGCUUUUAUACUCGUUCACCAUUGACAAUUCCACGUACUCCCUCUUCCCUCAGGCAACCCCCUUCCAGCUGCCAUUGAAGAAAUGUGCGGUGGUGGGAAACGGUGGGAUUCUGAAGAUGAGUGGCUGUGGCCGACAAAUAGAUGAAGCAAAUUUUGUCAUGCGGUGCAACCUUCCUCCCUUGUCAAGUGAGUACACCAGAGAUGUUGGUUCCAAAACUCAGUUGGUGACAGCUAACCCCAGCAUAAUUCGGCAGAGAUUUGAAAACCUGCUAUGGUCCAGAAAGAAAUUUGUGGACAACAUGAAGAUCUAUAACCACAGUUACAUCUACAUGCCAGCCUUUUCUAUGAAGACAGGCACAGAGCCGUCUCUCCGUGUGUAUUACACACUGAAGGAUGUUGGAGCCAAUCAAACAGUGCUUUUUGCUAACCCCAACUUUCUUCGGAACAUUGGAAAGUUCUGGAAGAGUAGGGGGAUCCAUGCCAAGCGCCUGUCCACAGGACUCUUUUUGGUGAGUGCAGCCUUGGGCCUCUGUGAGGAAGUGUCCAUCUAUGGCUUCUGGCCCUUCUCGAUGAAUAUGCAAGGGGAGCCCAUCAGUCACCAUUACUAUGACAACGUCUUGCCCUUCUCAGGCUUCCAUGCCAUGCCUGAGGAAUUUCUUCAACUUUGGUAUCUUCAUAAAAUCGGUGCACUGAGGAUGCAGCUGUACCCGUGUGAGGCGCCAUCACCACGGCCCACUUCCUAGGGACUGCAGAAGAAGAAAGGACUGGACGGGAUUAUUUUUGCUAGUUUUUUUUAUGUGACUUCUAAAAAGAACUGCCAAAGUGUGUCGUGGAUUGACAUGAUAGGAAACAAACAAAAAACCAAGCAAAACUGCUUUUGAUGUUAGCUUGGAGAACAAGCAGAAGUAAAAUGUCCCGGGGAAUGUUUUUAUAGUGUUGUGGAUUCGCUAGUGGGACAACCUCAAGGAGACAAUGCUGGCAGAACACGUGUCUGUAGUUCAAAUCUAGAAGAUGCGAUUCAAGGACCAGCAGAGCUCUAGUUGCUGAGGCCGAGGGGCCCAUCAUGGCAGCCUGUGGGAGAUGCUGGGGUAUUGCUGACUGUCAAUAUACACUGGCAUCAUAAUCAUUUUAAUGACCUGUCUUACUGAGACUGGCAUUAGAACUAUAGGUUUAAAAAAAUUAUUAUUGAUUUUUGCCUUGUUUAGGGCUAUGGGUGGGUGAUGGUAUAAACUUACAAAACCUUCCCUGCUGAUUAUUGUGACUGGUUGAAACAACUCUAUGAUGACUAAAGUCCCCUCUACUAGUACAGUUUUCAAUGAGAAUUGCUUCUUGCCUCUUUUUGGUUAAGUCUACUUAGCAUGGAGCUCUGUUGAGUUCGGACUGAGUUGAUCCAUUGUCUAGAUCACACGAGCUGUUUCUUCACAUCAGAAGUUGAGAGGGAAACUAAAUUUUAGGUCCCCACCACAUCAGCCCAUGGGCUCUGUUAUUUUCAUAGAAUCAGUAGACAUGCAAGUACAUGGUUUACUUGUAAAGUAGUAGAAGUGUGUUUGUCAUUUGAUGAGAGGUGAAGUAGCUCACAGAAUGAGAGCUUAGUCUUCAAGGUAGACAGACCAGAAGGCAGGACCUUUCCCAUCUAACACGAAUAUUUCCUUUCAAGAUAACUCACAUGUGUAUGCAUAUAUGUCUAUACAUAUAUACAUGUAUGUAUAUAUGUAUACACACGUGAGUUAUCUUGUAUACAUAUAUAUAUAUAUAUGUAUACACACGUGAAUAUAGACACAUACACUCUGACACUCUCUACAUUCUCUACAAAGUAAUCAAAGAUUAUUCCCAUGUGAUCAUCAGUAUGGAGUGUGCAUGGCCUGGAGUCUGUAACCAGUACUGGAGAGCCACAGAGAAAUAGUAUGAACUCCAUUCCAUGUUGACACAGUCAGGCUGGCAUGGCAGUUGCUGUCAGCUUGUGUCCAGCACAGAGUGCAAGGCUGACCCUCAAAUACAUAAAUCAGAAUGAGAACUUCUCUCUUACUCACACUGCCUCCCUCCACCCCAACAUUUCAUGAAUGGGCCCUGUGUCGAGCCUAGUGACAUGUGACAUGGCUCAUGCAAGGAAGCAGGUAGGACCCUCUGGCUGUUUAUGUCCUUAAUGUCUGGCGGGGCUGUCUAAGCAGCUUGGUACAGCAGUUUUGACACAGUGGGGGCAGGGAGGGCUUUCCUGGCAGAUUCUGGCCCAGUCAGUCUGCUUACUGUAGGUAAGGGGGUGAUCAGGGAGAUCACUCAUGACCUUUGUGCUUUGAGGUGUGCUAAGCUCCCAGGAGAUGUAAGAACUCAUGUUUACUCUUUCAACUGUGGUCAUGAUAGAGGUGAAAUCGACUCACAAGUUCUGCCUCAUCUUGAAGGUAGAAACUUGGUAUAUUGACCGUGUCUAUGAAAAGCAGGGAACUUUAAAAAGGGGGUUAACUUACAAGAUAACAAAGCUACUGAGAAGCUCAACCUUUGGGGGUGGGGGAUUUCUGAAAGUGAUCCAAUAUUCAGGCGCUGAUGUUUGGGAGGCUUACCGCUGUGCACAGCUGGCUUAGAGUUUCCAUUUGCGUGCCAACAUCAGGAUAUCCAGAAUGCAGCACGAGCUGCAUUACUCAUAUCUAUGAAACCCUGACUACAAUCCCUGUUUUGAGCUACUGGUACUUAAUGCUUAUCUAAGAAAGAAUACAUGUUCACCAAUAGACUUCCUCAGAAGUAUAAAAGAACUUAGAAAACAUCACAUACAGAGAUUAAUUAAAUAUGCAUUCAGAAUGCAUUAAUUGGUCAAAAUCUAAGCAAGAAGCUUUGGGACUGGUCCAUUAUUUAAUGCAUUUGAAUUAUUUCAUGUCACUGUUCACUGAGAACACUCUCUGGGAGUUUUAACUCUCCGUACAGUCCCUAGAACAGGUCCAUGGGAUAGAUUUGUGUGUUUAGUCUGUACAAUUUUAAAGCUGCUCCCUAUGGCAUUUGAAUUUCAGAACAGAAACAGCCAACACCGUCCGUGCUCUUCACCCAUGCAGACUGCCCUUCCCUCUCAGGCGUUGUCAGGACCCCGGGAAUGCUCUAAAUUGUUAUGAGCAAAAGUGCUCACACUUGUAGUUGGGGGCAGCCAUGAAGGCUGGUCCAGUAGCCACAGGCCAGCCACUUGCCACAGAGAAUGACUCUAUGAAGUGAUAGUUGUAUGAAGGUUGAGGAACCCCCAAGUUAGACCAAAAGAAACGUUUGACUGCUCCUGUUGUCUGCCCUUAAGGCCCAGGUAUAGUGCUGAUGUCAUGAACAGUAUUGCUGUGGCCUUUCAUUAUUUUAUAAUGGCAAUUCACUGGGUAUGUCAUAUGUAACAUUAUACGUGUCCGGUUAGAUGAUGUAGCUAAGCAAGAGGUAGGUGUGUGUGUGUCUGUAUGUCUAUGUGCAUGUCUGUGUCUAUGUGUGUAUAGCUGUGUGCAUCUGUUUAGCAUUAUUUUUGGUAAAGUAUGUCUUCCUGAGUAGAAACCUCUCCAGAAUCAUCCUUUAGAACAUUCUAGAGUACUGUAUUAGUCUUAAGAGAUUGGAUAUUAUUCAAUUCUGGUUAUUGAAAUUAAGGCCUUCAGCUCUGGGACUUGUCCAUUAUUUAACAUAUUUGACCUUUAACUUUCGGCUCAGAAGGGAUUUGAGUUCUGAUAGAAAUGUGUUUUUUUUUUUAGAUUAUUUAUUUAUUUCAUCUAUAUGGGUUCACUGUCACUGUCUUCAGACACACCAGAAGAGGGCAUUGGAUCUCAUUACAGAUGGUUGUGAGCCACCAUGUGGUUGCUGGGAAUUGAACUCAGGACCUCUGGAGGAGCAGUCAGUGCUCUUAACCACUGAACCAUCUCUCCAGCAAUAUGAAUGUUUAAUAGGAAUCAUUUAAUUAAUUUCAUUGCACCUGGCAAGAAGUGACACUCCUCUCUACCACCAAUUAGAUCAAUGCUUAGACCAAUUAGAUCAAGUGCGGGUAUGUGCGUGUGUGUGUACAUGUGUGUAUGCACACAUGUGUGUGUAUGUGUGUACCUGUGUGUAUGUGUGCACAUGCAUGUGGAAAAUAAAAUUGCUUCAUGGAGGAAGAAGAGAGAAUGCAGAGACUGCAAAUGAAUACUCAAACAGGAAUUCUCAUUUUGAGUCAACUGCGACUUAAGAAUUUGUUGAUUCUCAAGAAGUUCCCAAGUGAGGGUGGCUGCUGUUUGAUUUCACUCACACUUCAGUAAAAUUAAGCUAGGCGAAGAGCAAGUCAUCCCACCAGAAGGAAAGCUUUUACAUGAAAGAGCUGUUCUCAGAAGAUACCUCUUAGUGCUUUGCCAAAAGUAUAUAAAAAAAAAUUGUGUGCCUAAACUAAAUUGUUCACGUUUAUGAUGUGACAAAGGAGGAGGGACAAGAGACUCUCACCCUUGAGGCCUGAGCACCCUUGCAGAGGUCCUGAGUUCAGGUUCUGACACACACUUACCCACACACAGCUGCCUGCUACUCCAGGUCCAGGGCAUCUGGUGUCCUCUUCUGGUCUCCAUGGACUGAAUGCAAACAGGAACAUACACAUAAUAAAUAAAUAAAUAAAUCUUCAUAAAGGUAGAGAAUUAAUUCUCUAAUAUGGCACAUGUUCAGGUAGUGCCCUCUGUGCUUCUUUCCUGGGAAGCCAGACUUCUAUACUUUUAUUUUUUAUGUUUGAGAAUACCAAGUUUGUGGAAUCGUCCACUGGCAAAUCAUUGUCAGGAAGGAUCUAAUGAGAAAACCAGUUCUGAGUCCACCGAAUGGUGCUCACCUUAUAAAAUACAGGGCUAUGGUAUAGACGCUUCCCCACCAGAACCAGGUAAGAUUACUUCCCGUCAAAAAGUCCAGAGGUCAUGGGCUGUAAAGCUUUGUCUGGACAUUCAAGGGCAAGUCUGCAGGAAGAGAGCACAGAAGAGGAAUAAAGACUGGGGAUGCUGUUGUGUGUUCUUUCCUGCCCAGAGUGGUCGAAGUCUGCCCGGGAUACUGUGGAAGCUCCAGACAGCACAUAUCAGGGGUGGAAGCAAAUUAACAAUGUUAUGGCACCUGCAGCCCAGGUUGAUGUGUCUAGUGUGGUCAGCAGUAAAUGCCCUUAGAAGUUUUGGAAACUUAAUUCUGUUUUAUGCUCAGGAGAGGAAGAGGCAAGGUGAUAUUGGAGGUGGCCAUAGUUCCCAAGCUCUCAGCAUUCAAGGGGUCAGAGGGGUCUAUACCUUUGUUCUUGAUGACCCACUACCACUUAUUCUUGUCCAAGAGAGGAGCUGGCUUUCAUGGAGGGUUGAGCAGUAGUCCCCACUCCCACCUAUCUCUGUCCUAUCACAGUAGUUGGCUUCCAUCGAGGGUUGAGCUAUAGUCUGGCGACUACAGGAGCCUCAGCAUGAAAAUUUGCUGAGAAUUUAAACUUUUGAAUCACCAGACAUACUUUGCUUGGAUUUCUUGCCUAGGCUUACCCUUGCUAAUUUGUGUGUCCUGUGGCAGAGUCUUGUCACCUUGACCCAGGUGGGACUCUGCAUGUGAUCACGAGCAGAGUUAUUUUCUCUGUGUAUAUGAAUGGACUUUCUGAGUCCCUGAAUCCAUGGAAAUAGCAAAUACCCCAUAGUUCCUGUGCUGUGUCUUUGAAAGCCUGGAAUUCUGAAGUUCAGCAUAUGUCUAUAAACUCCUAAAUGGGAGGCCACAAGAUUUAGUCUCAGCCCUAUACAACUCCUGUUGUGUAAGUGGGAGAGUCUUAUAUAUGUAGACAACACACACACACACACACACACACACACACACACACACACACACUGGAAUAAUAAUAGUAUCUAGUAUCUGCCUUAUUCUCAGCCUUAACAUGUCAUUUGACAUUUUCACACACAUUCCAGAGAUAAAUGAUUGAUACAUGACACAAAUGGAAAAGUGAUUCCAAUUAUCCAACCUUGCUCACUGCAACAAAGAAGGCAUCCGCUCCUGCUUCUUGUUUGGGUUCUCUCUGUUGCUAGGAUUUGUAGUUUCUUCUGCUUUUAAUACAGAAGAAUAAAUAACAUAGAGAAGUGAGUUACAAUAUUAUGAGCAUUUGAAUAACAGCCAAAGCCCUUGACUCUCACUUGUGAGAGCACAAAAGAGGAAUUAUAUUUUAUGGUUGCUCAUUUAUCUAGACUGUCAGUGUCUCUGUUGUGUUAAAAGCCUUCCUCGGUUUGCUUUUUAGUUGAAGCUGUUGGGAAUCAAUCAAUAACUCAAAGUUGUCCAAGAGUUUUAUGGUGUGAUGUCCAAACAUGCUGAUCCUGCUUCUUCCAGCCUCUGUAAUUAGAGUUCCUUUGGAUGUCUGUCAUUUUCAAAUGUGUGUUUCAUGUAAUAACAACAAACACCAAGAGAUGUGACUUAGUCUGAAGCAGAGAAGACUGGAUUCAGAACAUUCUGGAUUUUCUGUCCAGUAAAACAAACAAACAAACAAAAUGCAAUAGAGAAAAAAGAUUUAACCAAAAUGAAAACUAAGAGAAAAUAGUGAUUCCCUCCCCCACACACACACCCCAGAAAGGACCUAUUGGGAGGGAUCUCAGAAGACAGUGCAACAGACAGGAAGGAGGGGGCGAUUGUCUUAGAAGCUGUUUCAAGAUAACAGAAGGAGACGUGUUGCCGUGCGGUCAUUAGGGUCGGAUGAAGAGAUGAGAGAUGAAGCUGGAGCAUGGAUUUGGCAGAGGUGCAGAGAAGCCUCAGAGGUGGUACCUGUUUCUCACAUGGGUCUUAGCAGUUUUGGAGUCCCCCAGGUUCCUAUCUUCUCCAGGCAGCGCCCUCCUGGGUGCCUGAGCUUGCUGAAGUGAACAUCCACAUAUCCCUCUGUCAUACUCUCAAAGUGAGUUACAAUUUAGCUCUCCUCUCAAGAUGGUGGGAAAUAUCACCUUGAUGUUGACCACUGGAUGUGGUUACCAUGUACAAUGUGCACAGCAAGAGUUGGUGUCAACUUCCUGUCCCCAUGAUUCCCAAGAGAGGCCAUGGUAGCUUAGAUUCAUUAUCCUUCAUGUUUUAGUUCAAACUCAAUCUCAAUCUCAAUCUCAAUCUCAAUCUCAAUCUCUCUUUCUCUUGCUCUUCCCCCUCCCCUUUCCUCCUUCCCUGUGUUAUUUUUGCUCACAGAAUAUAGAAGAGUAACUGACUUGGUAGUGGGGAGUGGCAGAGGGUGCCUUAACUUUUCCUGGCUCGGCUCCCCACUUACAUAGUUCCUUCAUGUGUCUGUUGCUUUGUAGAUGUUUCCAUGUCUGCCCAACGUGUACCUUAAUCAUCAGCAAAGACCCCUUUACAUGUAGCAACUGGGACUAUUUUAUAGACAUUUACAGUAGUGUAUAGGCCUUGGAGAAGUCUGAUGAUGGUGUGUAACACCCUUUGCUGCAUUGUGGAACAUUGUUUUAAGGUCUUUUAGAUGAUAACUACAGAGAUAUUCCUAGAGUUAAGAAUGAUUUUCUGGAAAAUUCCAGUAUUCUUGGAAGCAAUGAACCAAUCUAUCACUGUUUUUUGUUCUGUUUUCAGCACAGAUAGGCCCUCUCUCCAUAGUUAGGAUGACUGACGGCUACCAUAGUGUACAUAAGGAUCUUACACAUGAGAAGGGGCGAGACAGGAUGCACCUCACAAUAUUUUAAAGCCUACUUCAUCUUUAACAAAUUCUGUAAUACUGCUUGACUUAUACAUAUCACAUGGCGUACUUUGAUCUGCAAAAUACUGGGGAAAUAUUUUUACCUUUGGCCUCUUUCAUUGUGUAUUGUAGACUCUAAUUCCACACAUAUGCAAGCUGUUUUAUCAGUGUGAGUUUUCAGAAGCUGGACAAGAGUAAAAAUAGGAAAUUUUAAACAUUCUUUCUCAUGUAAUGUAGUCUACUGAUCCAUGAAUAUAAUAAUUCUGGGAGAGAUUUUUUAGAUCAGAUAUAAAAUUGAAGUCAUCCUUGAUGUGUUUACAGAGUGGCUUCGUCCUAUUAAAGCCAAAUUUGAUGGAUAAUAAGUGUGGGGUAACCCAAUACUGUUCAUUUCCUCUUUCUUCCCUUCUUCCUUUCUUCCUUUCUUCCUUCCUUCCUUCCUUUCUUUCUUUCUUUCUUUCAAAAGAAUUUCACAUAAAAUGUAGCAGGUAAGAAACUGUCUGAUCAGUGCUCUUUAUGGUGGGACUUGAGGAAAUGGUGCCUAUCUGUUGGCUGAGACAAACAGUGAUGUGCCCAGGGGAGGUCACUGGGAAAUGUCUUUCUUUUAUUAUUAUUAUGUUCCUGAGUGAUGUGGCAGUGAAGAGAUUUAAGUAAGUCUCUGUUUCUCUACCUCCCUUCCUUAGAGAACAUUUGGAAGCGUACCCUGUGAAUAAAAUGGCUUUUUUCCAA